CAGGAGUGUUGUCCAUCCCGGCGGCCGCAGUACAAGGGGAAAGAGCAGGGUAACAUUUACGGCUCGAAACGGAGUGCAUAUAACGGCUAUUUAAACUCCUGUGAAUAAAACUGAAAAGCACUUGAAGAAAAGCGAAGAGAUUUAUUGCAGAAAGUGAAGUUCCCAGAGGACAAAAUGGCCACCAAGAAGUCCCGCGCGCAAAAGAAAUCCUUCAUCUUCGGAUCCUUCAUCCUGUGCUGCCUCGGGGCCUCCCUCCUGGCCUCUGCCAUGGCCACCAUGAACUGGUUCGAGGCCACCUGCCACACGGACCAGGCCACGAGCACGGGGACCAUCAACUUCGGUCUCUUUCAGGGCCAAAGGACGCUCACGGACGGCUCCACGGCCACGCACGACCUCAAGGUUGUGUGCGACGGCGGCGACUGCAUGUACAGCUGCGGCGUCUCGAAGGAACAGCGCCUGGAACAGCUCCAGCUCCUCCGCGACCAAGAAUACUACCCGUCUUGGGUGAACACCAACUGCCCUCUGGUCCGCUUGGCUAGGAGUCUCAGCCCGCCUUCCCUGGGGACUCUCUGGGGGAAGGGGGAGUCCGGGGCGAAGGAGGAGGAGGAGGCGCUGGAGGACUCUUGGAAGAAGGAGAUGAGAGCGAAGGAAGAAGAGGCGGAGGAGGAGGUGGAAGAGGAAGGGACCUCCACAGAUCCAACAUCGACUACGGAGGAUUCGUCGGCCACCCCCCGAAGCGGCCAAGCUGAGUUCAUGGACUAUGGGCUGUGGGCGGGGACGAUCGCCUGUCUCUGCCUCGGGAUGCUGUUCGCUGUCGUGGGCGCCCUCUUCGCCGUCAUCAACACCGCCACCACGCCCGUUGAGGCUAUUACGGGCGUCCCCGGGCUUUAUGUGUGGAAUACUUUAGCAGCGUUAUUCAACCUGGUGUGCGUGAUCUGCUGGGCGGUUCAGUUCCACGCCCACCUCACCAAGAACGUUCUCCUCUAUGACAAGGAUAAUGGGUGGACGACUGAAGGAAACGAAGUGUUUGGGUAUUCUUUCUGGCUCGUGGUGGUGGCCAUCUUCGUCCACGUGGCCAACAUCCUCAUCAUUUUCUUCGGCACCUACGAACCCAAGGUCAAGGAGCAGAUGAAAGCCCCGGAGUCCAAGUCGGGAACCAUUAUGCUGUACUGAGGCAGAAGCAUUGGUGGUCGUCUUAAUUUUUUUUUCUUCUUCUACGUUGGUGAGGGAGAGAAAGAGGGAGAGAAGAGAGGGAGAGAAAGAGGGAGAAAGAGGGAGAGAAAGAGGGGGAGAA